UGUGCUGUAUUUUGAAAAAGAAAAUCCGCAGUUUUUCCAAGUUUCCCACGGUUUUCCUAUGCGUUUUGUGUAAAUAGUACUAAUAAAGAAAUUGAAUUGUCUAAUUACAGACGAUUUAUCUAAAAUAUAUACUAGAAUCGUGCAGAAAUCACAGAAAUACAGCGUUGUUGAACAGAAUCGCCAUGUAUUCGGAUGACGAGAACUUGGAAGCGUCCGAGACAAAUGAGCUCAUUAUGGGCGUCCUGAGGGAGCUGAAGGACAUCAAGCAGACGCUGGCGGACCACACGAAAAUAUUGGAAGAGCUUCAGGCUUCUGUGCACACGAUGCCGAACAAUUUCGAGGCGGAGUGCCAGUAUUUCCCUAUCUCCUCAUUCGAGGAUCUGGAGGGGGUGGAGGAGAUGAUGGGGGUCAGCGCCACCCGGGAAUAUCUCACCACACAGAUGAGGACAAUGCUCACAAUUGGCGACACGAAUUGGCUGUCGAGACUGAUGAACGACGAAUUGCUGGAGGAGUUCAACACGACUGGAAUUCAUGGGAAGAAGAAUCUGUUGGCGCUGCAGAUUAUCCAGACGGCGCUCAAGAUCCUGAGGAUGGACAAGGGCAGCGUGUCGUUUCACUUGAGGAGGACAAAGGACAAGCUUCAGAAGAGGAAACGUCGGCUGGACGAGAGCGAGAAGGAGGAGCAGCCCAAACGGUCAAAGGACAAGACAAGCAUUGCUGUAAAAUCUGUUAAUUCCAUUCCCCAUGAUAAUGAUGAUGAACAUGAUGAUAUGUGA